AUGUCCCCAACGGAUGAGAUGUCAACAUUUAAUAACAGUCUAUUUGCAGCAGAUCCUGGGAUGGAUGGUGCAAGAUUUCCCUCUGGCUCAUGGAUCACGAAGGUUAAUGGCUGUCUAGAGUGGUGCAAGGUGAGACCGAAAUUUGUUGUCCCACCUAAAAUGAUUGCUGACGAUAUUGAUUACUACUCAAAUCAUUCCUUAUAUUGCAAUUUUUUGGGGAUGAGGGUCUCGCUUCAGUUUUUGGAGCUUUGGGCUCAGAGAACUUGGGAGCCGGUGGGAGAAAUGGAGAUAAUGUUGUUGGCUAACAAUUACUUCAUGGUUACCUUUAAUUGUAUAGCUGAUCGUAACAAGGUAUUUGAGGGAGGACCUUAUUUUCAUAAUAAGGUGGGGUUGUUUAUCAAGCCGUGGCAUGCAGGAUUUAACCCCGCUGAGGAGCUUCCAAAUCACGUCCCGGUGUGGGUUCGUUUACCUCGCCUCCCAGUGGAAUGCUGUCAGGAGGAUGUGUUGCUUUUGCUGGCUUUGUUGCUUGGAAAACCAGUUGGAACUUUGUCACAGACCUUGGGGAAAAAGGUAAUGACUUUUGCAAGAAUUUGUGUUGAAAUUAACCUAAGUAAGCCUUUGCCCGAUGCAAUAGAUAUGUGUGCGGGCUCUUAUUCUUGGGUGCAGCAAUUGGACUACGAGACCCUUCCCUUCCGCUACAGGCUCUGUCGUGAAUAUGGCCACUUGCUGAGAAAGUGUCCAAGAUACAAGUCGGUGGAUCCCCAGCCUUCUCAGCCUUCUAGGGAGCCUCCCAAGGCAGAUAAGGGGAAGGGCAACGGUCCUACUGCGGGGGUAGAUAAUGAUGGUUUUGUUCCUGUCAAGGCUCAGAAUAAGAACAGAGGGCAAAAGAGGCCUUUCAGCGAAAGGCAAGAAGAGGUCACUUUUAAUAGGUUUGAGGUUUUGGACGACCUUUGUCACCAGGAAGUUAACCCAGGUUUGGUAAACUUGGAGCAGGGGAUUGAGGGGUUUGUUCAAGAGGGACCUGCUCUCGAUUCUUCUAUGGAAUCACAAGGUGAUUCUGGUGUGCUCACGGAUGCUGCUAUGCCGACAGAAGGUCUGGAGGCUCCUGUUUCUUUGGUUGUUAUUCCAGCAGUGGGGGAGGAUUCUUCUCCUCUUGGGCGAAGUGCAGAUCUGGAUUCUGCUAAGAAAUCUAAGCCUCCAAAAUUGGGUAUUUUGCAAAAAGAUAUUAAGAAAGGUGGGGCAGAGAAAUUUGCUAAACCAGGUAGAAAGAAGGAUGUGGAAAAGAUCAAAUUGACAGGCGAGAACUUGGUUGAGUCAGGGAGACUAAGUUAUCUGUUGAGAGUAUGCUUGAUUUGGCACCUAGGCUAUGGAGGUGUGGGUAAGCAAGCUCUAUGGUCUCAUAUCAGGUUAGUCCGAUCUAUGGCACCUUUCCAUCCAUGGAUUAUGGCUGGAGACUUCAAUGCUAUUUGCGAGUUGGCUGAGAAGCGAGGUGGUUCUGGGAGGCUGGAGCCCUCUGCUUUUUUGCUUCGGGAUAGCAUCAACUCUUUAAAUCUUGUUGAUAUCAAGCCUAGUAAUGGACAGUUUACUUGGAACAACCGUCGAGUUGGGGAUUAUUGCAUCGCAGAAAGGCUGGAUCGCUUUCUGGUGUCCUGCUACUGGGUUGGGGGGAUGUGGUCUUCCCGCUCUGAGAUCUUGGAUUGGAAAGGUUCAGAUCACUGGCCUAUCAAGCUUGUCAUUGAUUUGACUUGUGCUCCGCGUACGCCUUCUUUUAGGUUCCAGCUCAUGUGGUUACGUGACCCUUCUCUGAAGGAUUAUGUGGCAGAAUGGUGGAGGAGUGGAAGACCUACUUAUGGGAUGGCAAUGUAUAUUUUUUCCAAGCGUCUUCAACAUGUUAAAUAUCAGCUUAAGCGCUGGAACUCUCAGUGUUUUGGGAAUGUCUUCCAGGAAAAGGCAGUGGCUCAGGAAGAAUUGGAUAGUAUCACAAGGAGGUUAAGGGAGGUUGGAGUGACGCCUGAGCUUCUUCAGGCUGAAGCACAAGCUAUGAGAACCUUGGAGGAAUGGGAGCUGAGGGAAGAGAUAUAUUGGAAACAGAAGGCUUGA